AUGGCAGGCACCAGAUACCAAGCACACAGCCGAAACAAGCUGGCUGGCUGGCAGGAAAAGAGUGUUUGCAAACGUCGAGCCUCCAGCGAGAAUUGCGGGGGAACCAACAACCUGGAAGUCUCAUCAGGGUCGGAAAUGGCGUUCAAGUUCUGCAAUCCACAACCUCACACCACGGCGAGGGCGAACAGGGACAGACCUGGAUGGACAGACGGCCUGUCAAAGAAAAUGGCCGGUCUGCGGCGAGCCGAGGAUUUCUGGUGGAAAAUCUGGAAGGCCGCCGAGCCUGUCAGGGAACCCGGCAACUUGUGCGACCCUGUCUUCAGAUGCUGCACCGUGCGUCUGUCCAAAUCUCGCUCCCACUUGGCUGGGAAUCAUCGCGAUGUAUCAAACUGCUUGGAUGUUCAUGCUUGGCCUGCUGAGAAUGUCCUCCAUGUGUGCGACAGCAGCCACAACGACAACGACGACGGCGGCACAUUGUAG